AUGGACAUGGUGAUGGAGGAGUGCAAGCUGGCGCAUGGAGUCAGUUGCCUACAGAACACUCCUAAGGGAGAUCAAUUUUCGUAUUAUAAUGAAGAGGAUGUAGUUGUCGAGAACGAUGAGAUUGAAGUAGGGGUGGACAAUGAAUGCACAUUAGAGGCUAGUGAGAUCGUUGUGCCUACGGUUGGGAUGAAGUUUAGAGACCACAACAAGAUUUUUGAAUUUUACAAAACAUAUGCUUAUGGUGUGGGUUUCCCUGUUAGGAAAAGAUCUUCAAGAAAAGAUGAUGAUGGUUUGUUGAAGUAUGUGACAUUUACUUAUAGUCGAGAAGGCCGAAGAACUGGGGAUACAAGUAGUUUUUUGAGGUCUCAACCAACCAUCAAAAUAGGGGGUUUUGCUAGGCUGACAAUUACGACAGAUUUAAACAGAGUAUGGCGUGUUACCAAAGUCAUCUUGGAGCAUAAUCACCCUACAAGUCCUUUAAAAUCUAGGCUUUAUCGAUGUAAUCAAAAAUUGACUGAAAAGGUGAAACGAAAACUUAAAGUCAACAACAUAGCUGGUAUUCCAAUGCAUAAGAGUUACAACUCAGCUGUUGUUGAAGCGGAUGGAUAUGAGAAUCUUCCAUUUAUAGAAAAGGAUUAUAGAAAUUAUAUUGAUCAAAUUAGGCGAUUAAGACUUGAGGAGGGUGAUGCAGCUGUUAUACAAGCCUACUUUACAAAAAUGCAAGCCUAA